AUGUUGGCGGUGGACAAAGGGAUCGUAGAAGAAUGGUUAUCGGAAUACAAGGUAAUAUAUGGUUCCCAAAAAUAAAUAUUCAUUUUCAAGAAUUAAAUGCUAGCAAUCAUCCAUAGUAGUAGAGCCAGUAUAGUGUAGAGCAGAGGUCCCAAACCUUUUGGAUAUUGUGGACACAUUAGCUAUUUUAUAGAAUCCUUCACAGAAUGGCAUCAUGGGAGUCAUACCUAUCAGAAACCCAAGACCUUGUCAGGACUUAAUACCAUUGCACAGAGAUCUUUACAGGUUGUCAAUCUGGGUACAGGGCCAGGUUCAAGAUGUUAUAGUACAGUAUAUAAAGCCCUUAACAACUUCAGACUAGUUACUUACAAUAUCAUCUUACCCUGUAUAUGUCCACUCGACUACUUCGACCUGCGGAACUGGCACUGUUAUAGGUGCCACAUAAUACCCGUUCUGCAUUCAUAAGAAAUCAAUCUUUUAAUGUGGCAGCACUUACACUUUGGAUCUCCCAGCCUAUUGAUACCAGGCAGGCACACUCACUGUACUCUUUUUAGCUCCUGCUAAAAAUAUUUUUUGUUUAGACAAGCCUACCCAGAUAAUGUGGCAUGUUUAUAUGUGGUUUGAUUGUUUUUAGUUUAUUGCUGACCCCCCCCGUUUUUUUCAAAUGUUUAUAUAAUAGUUUUAACUUAUUUCUACCAAUACUUUUGUUGUUUUAUUCUCUUUGUAGACCACUUUUAUACCUCAAUCAAGUGGCAUAUAAAGUUUAUGAAAUAGAUAAAUAAAAUCUCGAUCUAAUUUAGUCUUCUUUGCAACUUUACCAUUCAUACUUUCUUUUUGUCCCAUAUCACCACCAAAAGGCAUACAUGCACCCUUUCUCGCAAGAACAUUGUCCUUCAAACUCUCCCUCUAUUCCCCAUUUUCUACUUUUCCCUUUUUUCUAUGUAUAUGAAUGGCUAGAAUAUACCUUUACAUAAGUUUAGGUGCCAGGCAAAACGUUUCUCUUUAACCAGGUCUUUGGCGUGGACUGAUUAAAAUUCUGUGUCCUUUUAAAUGAGUUUGUGGGAGGGAGGUUAUCGGUCUGUUUGUUUUAUUACCGGUAUAUAUUUUGUGUCCUCAUUUUGUAUUUUCAUGUUGUGAACUGCCCUAUGAUCUUCAGCUGAAGGGUGGUAUACAAAUUUAAUAAAAAAAAAUAUUAUGAGGUACUUUUGCCCACAAGAAAAAUACAGCCUGAAAAAAUAGGAUGAAUACCUCAUAUGAAGAAGGGGAAAUAAAUAUCUUAAUUGCAAAGAAACUUAUAUAUUGGCUUACUGUGUCUUAAAAUGUUUUGUGUUAGACAGUGCCAGAAGCAUCUAUACCAAGCUAUGCUAAAAAUCUGAAAGACAAGAGUUCUCUGGUUUCAUCUCUUUAUAAAGUUAUUCAGGAUCCACAAAGUGAGGUAGGUAAAUGUGUACAGAAUUAUAACUGGGGUUGGGAGAACUGUUGAGAAUAAAUGGUGCAUGCUGUUUCACUGCAGCACUAAGUUCUUAAGAAGUGGGCAGGGUGAGCAGAAGUAAGAACAACACAGAGCACUAAACCUUGUCCUCUUCUUUACGAGACCCUGCUUUAGACCUCUUGUUUUGACUUUCUGUAGAUACUACCUUUGUAUAUUUCAACUUUUCUAUGGCGCUGCUAAGACUGGAAAUCUGAUUUUAAAGAGUACCCUUUUCAGCUGAGAGCCAAACUAGAUGUGAAAUUAAAUGUAUCAAUAAUUAGAUAAUUAUUGGAAUUGUGGGAGAGAGUUUUAACUGUUUUCUUUCCCUGCUGCAUUUCUGAUCAAAGACAGAAAUUCACAGUGUGCCUAUUUCUCUCUUUUGUGGUGAUGAAAGAGCAGCUCUGAUUGAGUAUGGCAUAAGGGGAGAAUGGGGCAUACUAAUUUAACAUUUACAAUACAGUGGUGCCCCGCAAGACGAAUGCCUCGCAAGACGGAAAACCCGCUAGACGAAAGGGUUUUCCGUUUUUGAGUUGCUUCGCAGGACGAAUUUCCCUAUGGGCUUGCUUCGCAAGACGAAAAUGUCUUGCAAGUCUUGAGAUUUUUUUUCCGCUUUUCCCCCCCUUUAUCUAAUCUGCUAAGCCUUUAAUAGCCUUUAAUAGCCUUUUAGCAGCUAAUCCGCUAAGCCUUUAAGCCUUUAAUAGCCGCUAAACCGCUAAUCCGUUAAGCCGCUAAUAGGGUUGCUUCGCAAGACGAAAAAACCGCUAGACGAAGACUCUCGCGGAACGGAUUAAUUUCGUCUUGCGAGGCACCACUGUACAGAAUUGUUUCUUUUAAGAAUUGAUAAAUUUUGCUUCUUUAAAAAGUGUAGAAAAGCAUACUGAUGUGUUAAUCCACUAACAAAAUAUUUAAUGUUUGAUUUUGUUUCAGUUGCUAGAACCAGUCUGUCAUCAGCUGUUUGAAUUUUAUCGUAGUGGUGAGGAACUUCUGCUUCAGUUCACACUGCAGUUUCUUCCAGAACUGAUAUGGUGCUAUCUUGCUGUUUCUGCCAGUAAGGACCUACAAAGCAGUGGCUGCAUAGAAGCACUUCUCUUAGGAGUUUAUAACUUGGUUUGUAUUCACACUUGAGAAAUUAAUUAUUCUCUCUUGGCAUAAAGUGCAAAUUACAGUGUAAUGUCCCGGGGGCCUCUUAACCAGUUAGAUCUAAAUCCCUGUGACAUACUGCUAUUAGCAGAAAUGUUCAUGUGGUUUUGUCAGAAAACAAGCCAAAAAUCUGGAGUAUUAACUUGCUCUGGUUUGGUAUUCUCUGUAUUGACAUUAGUUGGAUUUAGCAAUUGUAUUCUGUAGAUUUAGCACAGUGGGAUGAAGGAAGCUGUUUUAAAACAGUUGAGCUAUGCGGCAUUCAUCAGUAGGCAUUCUUCAUAUCACAUGUUUACCUUCUAAGCUCAUUGUGAUAGUAGUAGGAUAACUCCUCCCUGGAGCGUCCCUCUGACUAAAUAUUUGGGAGAGUUGCAUGGUAAAAUGGGCUGUGUAUUAUUCUAAAAGGAAAACAGGGUUGGAAGUAGGUUCCCUGCUUCCUUCUAUAGUCUCUCUCCACCCACCCCUCAGUAUCUCCUGAUGUGGUAUGUGAGAUAUUGGUGAGAAAAUGAGUGGGGGGUUGCUGCAGCAGGAAGCAAUCCAAAGUACAUCUGAUAUUGGAGUGGGGGAAGAAAGUAUGUGGAGGAUCUGCUCUUUGCUGUAGAAUUCCCAACACCCUUUUCUUCUGCUUGAAAGUGAAAGACAUUGGGAGGAAGGGCAAAGUGGGUGGGUGAGAGAGACUACAAAGCAUUGUCUUGCUUUCUAUUACAAGAUAAUGGAGCAAUAGAUUAACAAUGUGCCUUUCCUAAACUUUCCUUGGCUCUACUCUGUGUCUUUGGAGGGGGUGGGAGAGACAAACAUGGUCUGUAUUCUGGGAAGGCAUUUCCAUUUCUGUACUCUGGUUAAUAUGCAUAAGCAUACUAAUGAAAAGAAUGUGAUUAGCUGAUACAGUUAAUGGCUAUCUACCUGAGUUUAUAACCAUGGUAAUUACUUUUUCUGUAUUAAGCUCAGAAUUGGUGUUUCACUGCAUCAGUGGUGUUUAAAUGUGGAAUGUCUUGAUUUUGAUGGAGACUUAAAGGAAACUCAUUUCUCAGUUUUCUAUCUGUACUUAAAGCAGUAGUCUCAUAUAAUAAUAAACAGAGUCUACUUUGCAAAACACACUGUGUUCAUCUUGUGGGUAAGCUUAUAUACCUUGAGGACAGAGAGAUCAGAAUAAUCAAGGGUCUGUCAAGGCAGCCCCCAAAGUCAAGCAAUUUAAGAGACGGCUGAGUCACAGUGCUAUGUAAAGCGCAAGUGACUUUCAGAACCUAUAAAAAUGAGUGUGACUAUCAGCCAUUAAUGAUAGUUUUCUUUCUCUGUUCCUUGUGAUAGAAAUCUCUGCUGGAUCAAGAGAACUUUCCAUUAACUGGUGUAUGCCAUUAGAUAUGACCCAUAAGAUUUAUUCAGGACUCUAAAGAAGCAAACAUAUUGAGCAAGAUUAGACUUGAUUAGUCUAUAUUAGAAAUAUUUCCACUUGAGUAAAACUUCUAAUAUGUCAGCUGUCAGAUGCUUUUUGAUUAGGACAUCCUAGAUGUUAAGAAUAAGAUGAUGCUGGAUUUCCACAUUCAUCAUCUUGUAAAUUCAAGUGUUCACAUGUGCAUCCAUUUAGUAGCUUUGGGCAUAAUUAAAGCGCUAAUGAGGGAUGGGAAGUUCAUGCCCUACUCUGUUGCAGUUGCUCAAGUGAUUUCUAAUCUAAACAAACUUCCAUAUAUUUUUCAUUAUAUGACCUAACUUUCUUUUAUACCUUACAGGAAAUAGUUGACAAAGAGGGGCACAGUAGGGUAUUAAGUUUUACAAUUCCAUCCUUAUCCAAACCUUCCAUAUAUCAUGAAGUAAGUUUAAUAGACACUUCUGUUUCCAUAUGUGUGUGUAGUUUUGUUGUAGCCUCCCUUGCAUGAAUGUCAUCUGGCCUUGAUUUUGUCAUCUUAAGGAUAAAUAUUUUUGUUUUAAAAGUCUGCUGGUAGUGCAACUAGUUGCUGUUUCUUACAAAGGCACAAGUGAUUAGGGCAAAGAUGAACACAAGAGUACCUGGGUUUUGCAUGCCCUCCAGGUGUUUAAAUUGUCUCCCAUCAGCCCCAGGGGGAAAUGGCCCGUGGUCAGGGAUGAUGAGAGCUCUGCUACAAAGUAUUGGGGGUGGGGGGAUCAGUUUGGGAAAGACUGUUCUAAAAGUAUCCUUAAUGUGAAAUAUUUGAAGUAAAAUAUGAUGGGCUUCAGUGUUCUAGAAUAUAUAAUGUUGAGUUUAAAUUAUCUGAAAAGUAUUGUCAUGGCUAAAGUUCUAAUAAGUUUCAGGUGUAACUAUGUAGAACAGGCAUAGGCAAACUCGGCCCUCCAGAGGUUUUGAGACUACAGUUUCCAUCAUCCCUGACCACUGGUCCUGUUAGCUAGGGAUGAUGGGAGUUGUAGUCCCAAAACAGCUGGAGGGCCAAGUUUGCCUAUGCCUGAUGUAGAACCUAACUUAUUUAAAAUUAUGAAAUAUUUUACAUUAGCUUUGUCAGUGGAAUAAUAAAGCUGAAGAUAAAAUGAGAAUAAAAUGUCUGUUGUUGGUUAGCGUUUAAGUGGAUGAAAACUGUGAUAACCCAAAAAUUUGAUGUAUUUCAACAAAACGUUUAGCACUGAAGUAUAAGGACACAUGAUAGCAACAGACCCUCUUGCAAAGUUAGGUCUGUUGCCAAAUCCCUAGCUGCAAGGGAAAUUGGGAACAUAGCACAAGUUGGGCUGAAGGCAGGAACUGAGCCUACCCCGCCCCCAAGUUUUAGCUGGUUUUCUCCUGAUGAGGCUCCAAUAUCAGAGGAAACUCCUGUUAAGAGGUCAUUAGCUCUUUUUAAAAAUAGUUUCACUUGGACUUGCACAGGGAAGAGUUCAGCUCCCCUUUCUAACCCACCUGUGCCAGUAAACUGAUCUUGUUACCACUCUUAAGUUACUAUUGAAGUGGCACAAUGAAUCUUCUGUACUAUAUUUUAGUGGCCUUUCCCCAUUUUACUUAUGAGUGUACUGCUUACCAUGUAACAUUCAGUUAAAUUUUAUACUUUUAUGUUUGUCAACAAUCAGCUGUCUAUUUUAGUUUCUUUGUGCUUUAAAAAAAAAUAAUUCAGUACUGCUGUUCUUAGUGAUGUAUUCAAGUAUCUGUUUUUCUUAGCCUUCCAGUAUUGGGUCAAUGGCUCUUACUGAGGGUGCUCUAUCUCAGCAUGGCUUAUCCAGGGUUGUGUAUAGCGGACCUCAUUUGCAGAGAGAGAUGUUAACAGCACAAAACAGGUAAAAAUGCAUGCUGUUGCUUUCAGUCUUAAGACAAAAAAAACCCACACUUGGCCACUUAUCAAUUAUCCUUCCAUGUUAUCUUCAUAUCCCACACUUAACAGAACUUUUAAUAGUAUAGUUUAUAUGUUAGUGGUGUGUUCUUGAUAACAGUUCAUAAUGUGUGUGUAUCAAGCCUUGUGUAUUUUUUCAAUGAAUCAGAAUUCUUUAUUUGUUCAUAGGUUUGAAGUAUUGACAUUCCUUUUGUUGCGUUACAAUGCUGCCUUAAGCUAUAUGCCUGCAGUUUCUCUUCAAUCUUUAUGUCAAAUCUGUUCAAGGUAAGUUUUCUUUCUUGGUUGAAUUGAGAAUAGUAUUUUAAAUUGUAAUCCUAUGGUAUCUGUUCCAUCUGUAGAGCUUGGUACAAGUUAAAACUCCAGUGGGUGAUUUUUCAUUUCUGGAAAUGCAUAAGCCAGCUGUUAUGCAGGUUUGUCAUCAUUCUUAGGUGAAACACACAGGUUCCUUGGUACAUGGAAAACAGUAAUCUAAAAGAGGAGGGCAGGUGCUUCAAACAGUACUUUUGGAUCCCAGCCCUAAACAGGAUCGCUGUCUCUCCACAUUUGGCCAGUGUAAAAGAAGAAGAGAGCUCCCUGUAGGGGAAGUCAUAUUCUUGAGAGGUAGGCGACCCUGCUCGUCACAUUUAGCCCAUAAGGCUGAUCCUAAUAAGGAUCUGCCCCAUGGAGUCCAAACAAUUCCCCACCCUGAAUCAGUCAGAUGUACACUCAAAUUCUGAAGUUUAAUUAAUUGGUUUGUCAUACUAUUGUAUCCAAGGCAAAGCUCUUCAGGAAUCCUGCUGGAAUCUUUUAUGAGCUGGAUUGCUAAUUGAACUUGAUUUAAUAGAAAUUUGACCAGAUAAGAGCAAUGUUUCGGUUUGUAGGAGACAACUCUGAAAAGAUGGAAUUGGCUAGUUAGAUGCACUCAAUGCACUCUUAUUUGACCUAAAAAAAGAACAUGCAUUUCAGGAUUCUUUUCAACAUAACAACUGCACACUAUACUUUUUAACACACAAUCAAGCAAUCUAAAAUAACAAUACUAAUACUAAUUAUAUUCUUUUAGGAUCUGUGUUUGUGGAUAUCCUCGUCAACAAGUAAGGAAAUACAAAGGCAUAAACAGCAGGAUUCCAAUUUCCUCUGAAUUCAUGGUGCAGAUGUUAACUGGGAUUUAUUAUGCUUUGUAAGUUCAGGAAACGUUAUGUCCUAUAUUUAAAAAAGAAUAGUACAUUAAUGGUUGGACAGUGUACAUAGUGCAUAAUGCUCAUUUACAUGACAGAGUCCAGUGAUCCUACGGGUGCUGUCACAAAAGAUUUUGGUUUCUGAAAGUUAUAUCUUACCUUUCUGUAAAACAUAAUGAUUGACUCUAGAGGAACCUUAAGGCAUAUGUCAGUGUGCUUUGAACUGUCUUUCCCAGGAAGGGGUGCAGCUUGGAACUGUUCUGCUCAGGUUCUGCUUGUGGAGCUUCCCAUGGGCAUCUGAUUGGCCACUGAUCUGAUCCAGCAGGGCUAUUCUGAUGUUCUCAUGGAGCACCAGCCACAUUUGAGUAAAGUUACCAUCUGGGCAUCCACAAGCAGUGGCAGACCAAGCAGCACUUUAGAUGUGCUCCUUUACCACCAGGUUUAUCCAAUUCCAGGUCCUACCAUUAUCUCUGACCAUUGGUCAUGCUGGCUGGGGAUACCAGACAGAGCUAAUGACUAGAAAAUAUCAUUGUAAAUAUCAGUGUUUCCAAAUAGCUUCUAUUAUUUAUUGAAUACAUAUUGUUGUGCAUUUUAUUUCUAUUACGAUAAAUGAUUCAUCCAGAUGGAUCUAUAAUGAAUAACAUGUAUGGUUGUGAUGUUGAAAUGAAUAAUCAUUAUAAUCAGUUCUGAUUUUGUGUCUCUGCUAACUUUCUAGUUAUAAUGGAGAAUGGGAUCUAGCUCGUAAAGCAAUGGAUGAUAUUUUAUACAGAGCACAACUGGAGUUAUAUCCAGAACCACUGUUGGUAAGCAUCUUGUGUUAAAUUCUUCUAUAGCAUUUGUACAUUUUAUUUAAAACAUUUAUAUCCUGAUUUCCCAGCUCAUAUGAACUUGCCAAAGUAACGUAAGCUAAAAUAUUAAAAACAAUCUUCCAUAACAAUUAAAAAGCAAAUCAUAGGCAAUGAGCUAAUAAAACCUUCCAGAAAAAGAGAAAAUAUUGGAGAAUAAAACAAAUUGGACACUAGUCUGGCCAUGUAUUUGCUAAAAACACAGGCAGAGUAGGAGCCAGAUGGAUAUCCUCAGAGAGGGAGCUCCAUAACCUGGGAACUACUGUGGUAAAGGCAAUCUCCCUCAUUACCACCCUCCAUACCUCUAAUAGCAACAGGAGAUACCAAAGUAUCUUCUCCAGUGAUCCAAGUGGAUGGGUAGCUUUAUGUAGAAGGAGGUUGUGCUUUAAAUAGCCUGGUUCUUGGACCAGGGUUAUAUAGGGUUAAAAAACUUAUGAGUCGCUUUUUUAAUUAGGACUGGAAAUUGAUUGGAAGCUCUAGGUGUAAACUAGGACAUGCAUAAUCAAGGGCAGACAUGCAUUCUCCAAGAAUAUGUACAGUUGGCCUAAGCUAUACAAACACACUCCUGGCCAUGGCUGCCUAGCCUUCCAAGGGCAAAGCUGCCUCUAAAACAGGACGGCCCAACUCCAUUUUUGGGGGCCUGGGGGUACAUUUGGAAAUCUAAAACUGUCGUUGGCACCACAAAAUUCUCAUUUCACAAGACAGUCUGGUGAUGCUCAGAUCCCUUCCCAAUAAAAGCACCUGGACACCCCUCCAAAAAUACAAUACAGAGACCAAAAAGCAAUCACCACCUCCUACAUCAACCAAAAAAGGGCCAAAAACUAUGUUAAGAACAUUUGCAAAUUGAGAGGGACAAGGGGCCUGGGUGGUUGCCACUGAGGUGCUGUAGUGUCCAUGGAUACAAUAUUGGGGACCCAAAGCCUAAGGCAUAAUAGUCUCUCAGUUUUUAAGAGCACACAGUAAAUAGUCAGAAACAAGGACUUCUGUACACUUGGAAUGACAGUGGAUAGUUAAAAGACAGCCAGGAGGGGGAAACAUGAUUAUAAAUGGACUUCUGCAACAGCUUUUAAGGCAAGUGUUCUCAGUCUGAAUUGUUUACUAAUCUUCUAAAGCCAUAAUUGAACAGAUGGAAGUCAAACUGUUUUUUGUUUUGACUUUCAUCAUUGAUGCUUUCCUUGAUACAUAUGAAAUGUUGUUGCUUCAAUUCAAAAUCUGGUGUUAAUGUUGAAAAUUUAUCACACUUUUUUGUUGAUUUCUUAGGUUGCUAAUGCAAUAAAAGCUUCAUUGCCUCAAGGUGCCAUAAAAUCUAAUAAAGAAGGUACAAAAUGUAUUCAGGUUGAAAUUACACCUACUGCAUCUAGAAUAUCAAGAAAUGCAGUGACCAGCAUGUCUAUUCGGGGCCAUAGAUGGAAAAGGCAUGGUAAGAAAUGCAGUUAAUGAAACUACAAUUUAUUAACUAAAUUCUAGAAGUCAAGGCUUCCAGAAUGUCAUUAAAUUGGCUGAUGAAUUAAUUGUGUUAUUUAAUUUCUUUUAUACAAAGAGAUACUAUGACUUCCUGUAUCAGUACUCUGAUGCAUAAAUAACUCUAUGCUUAUUCAGUUUACCAUUCAUUAUUCCUAAAUUUUAAUAUGUACACUGCAAAAUUAGUGUGGGUGUGCACCUCAGCUGCCCGUAUCCAGAAUUUGAUCGUAACUGGAAUUUUCAUCUCAGGUUGAAAGCUUCUGUAUAUAAUUUCGUUAAGAAGCAAAAUAAUAGAUUGAAUUCCCAAGAGUAAAUUAAACUCUGUAAAUUAAGAUAACUAGAACUUCAUUAUUUUAAACAGUGAAGUUUAUCAAAUCAGUGAUUUUUAUUAUAGUUAUUUAGCUCUUAAAGUUUCCAUGUAGGUUUUGUGUUAAGAAUAUGUUGCAAAGCAGUAGCAUCCCUAUGUACAAGGCCUUUUACUUUCAUUUGUUUAUGGGAUAGUCACUAUGAAAUUAUUUAAUCACAACUUUUGAUCAUUAGAAUGGAUCUUGAAUGUACCCUUCUUCCCAGUUGGGUGAUCUGAGGCUUAUUUCAUCCUGCAGAAAACAACACAUUCUAUUGAGAGAAAUUAGGCAUACUUAGUAUAAAACAAGACAACAUCUACAACAUAUUGAGGGGCAGUAUCAAGAUUUACUGGGAUUUAUCACUCACAUAAUGGAUUUAUAUCCAUUAUGGAUCAAAAAGCAGAUUGAUAAGCUUAUCCUACCACUUCAACAACCUUUGGACUGGGAACCUUUUCCCAAUUUUAUCUACGGAUAUAAAGUCACUGGAGAACCUAUUAAUAGAAAAUGAUGUUUUCUGACUAUCUUGGAGAUCAGUAGAGUAUUUCACUUCAGUCCUGUGGUUUAAAGCUCAAUUUGUAAAGGUUAGUGGUAUCUGUUGUGAUGAAUCUGAUCAUGCAGAGAUAUUGCUGUCUUCUAAAUGAACUGCAGCAGAAUGCUUUUUUUUAUAAAAAAAAAACCCUACUACUAAGAAGUACAUUUGAUUACUGAUUUGGCCAGCUGCUGCUUCUGUCUUGUCUCCUCCUUGUUAAGAAACUGUUAAGAAAGAUUUGGAGUGUUGCCCAAAUUUCACUUAUUUAUUUGUUUAAGGCAUUUCUAUACUGUUUAAACCUUAGCAUUUCUAAAUUCAGUAACUUGCAGACUAAUGGUCCAAGGACAUGUAGCACUGCUUCCUUCUAACUAACACAAUUUUGUAUCUUUUUAUGAAACUAAAUAUAUUGAUAGUCCAGAAAAGUUAAAUACCUUGCACUUUUUAGAAACCAAACCAUUCUUUAAUAUUGCCUUCCUGCAGGAGUCAUACUUGAUGAUACAGGUGCUGAAGUUCACGAGUCAAUGGUUAGGACAAGUGUUUGCUGCAGCAGAUAACAGUAAGGAAAGAGGCUUGAUAGUAUUAGUAAAGCAACUGACUCCAAUAAAGAUGAACAGUUACUUUGUUAAGAAGAACAAUUAUUUGCCAGGUAUGCAAGUGUUGCUGCAGACUCCUAAGAGUUAGUAAAUUGUGAGCUUUCAAUUCAGGAAGGUGAUGUCAUUAUAUUGUGUAAAAUGGGGGGAAAGUUCUUUGUCUCAUGAAAGAGAACUUUUAUAACUUAACUGUGUUUAAAAAUAAUCUAGAAGAAAAGAUUGGGGGUUUCCAGGCAUUGACCUUCUUACCGCAAAGGAAAACAGUGUUUUGUUUCAAAGCUUUGAUUCAGAGUAGAAAAGAGGCAUUUCCCUGUUCCAUCGCAGUCAUCUCCAAUUAACUACCUCCUUUGCUACUUUGUGUCAUUAACCAGUGUGCAUGUAGGUGGCAUCACUAAUCCUGCUACACCAACCUAUUGCAACUGCCUAGAAGAACAUAAACCCUACUGCUGCAACCUGACCACUUCACACAGGUGGGGGCAAAAUGAUUUAGCAAAACAUGUACUGUGGGCAUUAAAACAGGCACUCCCAGAUUAUCAGAGGUCCAGAUCAAUGCCAUAAACUCUCUAUAUGGAAAGCAUGCCACUAAGUGGGAGAGAUUUUCAGUGUUAGUAGAGGCAUGGAAUUCAGUUCCAUGUGUUUAUGUAGAGAACACUUCAGAUAGUUUUUAAUUCAAAGAUGGUAAACUUAGUUGGUCAUUCAUCAGGUUGCAAUUUUAGAAUCUGAAAGAUUUGGACUUGGAUUCUUCUCUCUCUGUGUAUGUAUUUUACAACAAUAGCAUUAUUAUUCUCAUUUCCUAUUAAGUUAAUUUGCAUAAGAAAAGUACAGCUCUAGUGAGUUCUUAAUUUCUUGAGCAUUGAGCUUGGGAAGCUAUGCUCCAUACUCAAUAAAGGUAAAGGUACCCCUCACCGUUAGGUCCAGUCGCGGACGACUCUGGGGUUGCACGCACAUCUCGCUCUAUAGGCCGAGGGAGCCGGCGGUUUGUCCGCAGACAGCUUCCGGGUCAUGUGGCCAGCAUGACUAAGCCACUUCUAGCGAACCAGAGCAGCACACGGAAACACCAUUUACCUUUCCGCCGGAGUGGUACCUAUUUAUUUACUUGCACUUGACGUGCUUUUGAACUGCUUGGUGGGCAGGAGCUGGGACCGAGCAACGGGAGCUCACCCCAUCGCGGGGAUUCAAACUGCCAACCUUCUGAUCGGCAAGCCCUAGGCUCUGUGGUUUAGACCACAGCACCACCCGCGUCCAUACUUAGUAGCUUGAGAUAAAUCAAAUCAGAUAUUGGUGAGAGCAACAUAGAACAUGAAUGCUUAGAAAAGGAUGUCAUUCUUGUAAACGAUGGUAUAAUGACACAAAGUGUAUAUGUGGAUGCCAAAAAGGUGGGUUAAUUUUUAGCCAAGCCAAUUUUAUUGCUGAAUUGGCAUGCUUUGGAGAUCUCAACUUCUGUAUAAGAAUGAAGAACUGGAACUUGGAACAAAAUAUUGGGGGUAUAUUCCCCAGCCCUAAAAGAACAGCAAGCAGCCUGAAACAGGAGCCUAGUAGUCCUGUUCAGUCCUUGCAGGAGUGGGGCAAAGGAAAAGGACUCCUUUUUGUGGUUCUUUGCUUCUUUUCCCUCCUUCCCACACCUUUCCCUGCUCUGUUGAGAAGGGGCUUCCAGCCUGCAACCUGAGCAUUCUAGAGAUAUAUGGCAAGGAUUUCUGAUGAGCAACAAAAUGUAUUGUUUUUCCUAAAACAUUCCUAUGUAGUACCAUGGAGGCAGGGUUUUAAAAAAUCUUUGAGUUCAUGUUUCCCCAAACUAAUCCCACUUCACUGUGAGCUGUUAGGGGUUUGAGCAGGAUGGUGUCCUCUUGUUCCUUACCUUCCAUGUUCCACACAAUCUGCCAGACAUCUGGUUCCUUUUAUACCCCCCUUUCUUCCCAUGUAAGCUCAAUUGUCCUCAACAUUUUGGGGAGUUCUGAAUCUCCAGUGGUGUGCAUUUGGGUUACUCUUGGAGUUUUACAAUUUUUCAUUUAUUUUAAUAUAGGAUUCUCCUAGUAUAUAGAAACCAUACAUUUAUUUUUGAUUGUCCUGUUUCGCUUUGAAACUGAUAGGCACUUGAGUCCCUGAAUUUGCUAUAAAAUGGAACGAUUUUAUUUUUAAUUUUUAAUCAACUGACCUCAAAACUACUUGGCUCCCAGGUCUUCAAUAUUUUCAAUCCUCUGUCUUCCUAAAUACACUUGCUGCCUUGUAAUAGUAUUCUCUAAGCCAGAAAUCAUCUGUACAACUCUAACAUAAAAAUACAGUGUCUUUCUUUUAUAUUUAUUGUUCUAACUGCUUGAUUUUAGAAAAGGGAAAAUGUAUUCUGAGACUGUAAAUACAUUAUGGGUGAUUUGGAGAGUAGACUCAUUGAAAUAAUGGAUUUCACUGGGUCUACUCUGAGUAUGACUUAGUGCCAUAGGGUGAUAGCCAGCUAUCUGAAUCUCUGAGGUUAAGAUUCCAGUUAAUCAGAGUCAAAAUGCUGUAGAAGGACAAAAUGUAAUUCUGUGUUUCUUUUCUUUAGUGUUCCAGUUCAGCUUUUUAAAUGUGUUAUUAAAGUAAAAAAACCCUAUGAAUUACUGAAUACUGUGACUAACGUUGCAAAGAUGUGUUAAGCCUCUGUUUUUCUAUAUGGUUUUCAGGGUGCUUAACUUGUAAAAAUGCAGUUGAUGAUGCAGCUCUUUCCAGUGCUGCCCAUCUCCCUUCCACUGAUUGAACUUUCAAAAUCUGAUUGGACAGUGUCUAUGUAUUUUUGUAGUCUGUUCAUUUUCCAUUUAGACUGAGCAUUCCAUUUUGUUACAAAGCUCAUGACCUCCUUAUGACCUUUAGAUAUUCAGGCCCUGUUUUAUUCCAAAUUUGGUUGAAUCUAUUGCCCUCAUGUUUUUUCUUUUAAUGAAGCUGAUUCUGCUAGUCACGUUGGCCCCUAAUAAUCAUUCAACACUUUUUAAAAACUCUUUAGUUUUUGUCUGUCCAACAACCAGCAGAACCUCUUAGUUAUUUUAAGUUGCUCGGCAACACAAAGGACCAGUAAGUUUUGCAUGCUAAUAUAGUAAAGUUCAACAUUUCAGUUGCGCUACAAGUGUACUAUGGUGCUGGUAUUUGUUACUGCUUUCCCCUUAGAAGUGAUGUAAAUGGCAACAGAAAACUUCCAAAAUGUGUGCUAGAAGUUGUGCAGAUCAAGUGUUAAAUGUGCAUAAGGAAGCCUUCAUAGAUUAAGGCAACCAUGACAGCAGUGCAUCUAACUGUUUCUUCCUCAGUUUAAUACCAUAUUCUUCCUAUAACAAAUCAAGGUUGGCAGCGUGAAGAUCCACAACACAAAGGACUUGUAAUAUUUGGCUGAAAUAUCACUUAUUGGCAAUUUUUAGGAUUCAUUUUUUACUGAUGUUUUAUAGUUUUCUUUGUAACAUUAUUUAUCGUUUUGUUAAGCUGCCAUGAGUGUUUCAUAAUAAAGGUGUAAUACAAAUGUUAGAAAUUAUUUUACUAACAUUGGGGAAGAUUCACAGCCUUUUUAUGAUCUUUUAUAUAGGCUGAAUGCUCAUGUACCUACCCAAAGAAACAGGGCUCAAAUAGGGAUCAGUCCACAGGGUGAUGGGCCAUAUGUUGAAGCCCAGAGGGAGACAAAGGGGAGAUGUCACAUUUGCCUGGCUUCAGAAAGGUUCAAAAUAUUUUCUGUAAAAACAUUUAGCAUAGUGAAUCUCCAUAUGUAGGAUAAAUGUCAAUUUUAUGCAAUGUAAAAUUAAUACAGAAAUAAUGUUGAUUAUAAUACAACUCUGUGAGUCAGAUAAAUUCCAAUAUAUUACGGUGCAACCUAAAAGGAAAUUACUUUAUUAUGCUGUUUCUGGAUUUAUUAUAGUUUACUUUUACAUGAUAACUUUAGAGUGAAUGUAUUUAUUUACGUAUUUACUACAGUAGCAGCAGCUGACAGGUAAGACACGGACUAUAAUUGAAAUGUCUAGAGUUUCAUUUUUAAAUGUUCUAGUGGCAGCAGUAUCACUUUACUCUCAGAAAUAAUGUAUGCCCUUCCUACUAAUAUUGCUAAAUAAUAGGACAGUAAGCAAAACAUCUGACUUCAUAACAUUCAGCCUUCUAGUUUUGUCAGAUUUGUCUUUUUCGUCUUUUUUUUUCUUUUGUCUCCAUGUUUUUGUUUCAGCCAUUUUUUUGUUUUGUCUUAUCCAUUUUUUAAUUCUAGAACAACCAGAUAAUGCUAAUGACACUACUGAAUCGGGCAACUUUGUCAUACCCGAGAUUAGUGUUACAAAUGUGACUGGAGAGAGAACCGGGAAUGGGGAAAAAAGCAGAGCACCAACAGAGAAUGAUGCUCAGCAUAUACAGGGUGUGCAGGAAGCACCUACAGAUCCUAGAGUUGACAGCAAAGGCAUGCCAGAGAUCAGGAGGCAAAAAUCUGUAAGAAAAAUUAUGGAGGAUGGAAUAAGCUCACCUGGCAGAGUGCAGUUUUAGCAGAGCACUUUGUAGCUACACUCAGAAGGUAUCGAUUGAAAGGGUCACUGCUGCAUGUUUGGAAGAUUACAGUAUACAAUAAAUAUAUUUGCAUGUUACCUUGAAUAAAACACAAUUGCAUGCUUUGCACAUAGAACGGAUCUUUGUGCUGAAUACAUUGUUAGCAUGCUGGUAGUUCUUAAGUUUUAGCUUGGGAAACCACACUGAGAGACUUCAAAUUGGCGGGCAACUGAGUUAUUUUUAGAUCAGUACUAAUCUUUUAGCUAUACAAAGUCACUUAAGGAAAAAUUUCUUCGAAAUGUACAUAAACCAUGUCAGUUCAUCCUAUUUUUUAUUUUUAUCAUUUUAAAUCUUUGCAGCCAUGAGAGCUAAUACUCCAGUGUGUAAGGUUUCUAGACUUCUCAUUAAACCACUUUGUACUGCAGAAUGUGACCUUUCAGUCCUUGAAAUAUAAGCACUGUUGGGUUUGCUAAAAUUUGAGAACCUGCAGGUGAUGCCGUAUUGGCUUUUAUGGUGCCCUGAUUAUCUAGAGCCAUGAUUGAUUCGCUAUGCAGAUAGUUAUGUAGAUGCCUUUGCAUAUAUUUGGAAUAAAUAUAUUUCUACCUUUCUGUAAUAUAUCUAACCUCUUUCUAACCUUUUGCAUGAAUAAUGAGUACUUUUUUAAAUUGCUACAAAAUGAGAUUAUAAGCAUGCUUCUAAUAAAUUUACUUUACUAUUCUGAUAUAAAUUCUACUGUACACUUUUUGUCAAUUUGAGAUAAUUGGUAAGUUUUCUAUCUUCUCCUUAAUCUUUUGCUUUGUGCUAAGAAAUGCCAAAAUCUUAACAGUACUGGAUGCAAUCACUUGCAAAACAUGGUUGAGUAAAUUCAUAUGUUAAUUGUCAUCUUUUUCUAUGCAGGUAAUGAACUAGGCAUUCCAGAAGAAGAACUGAUAGAGGUGUCUGAAGUUGAUGAGGGUUUUUACUCUAGGGCUCCUUCUACCACAAAUCAUUCUGCUUUCAGCAGCAACACCAGUAACAAGACUCAGCUAGGCAAGAGUCAGCGGAGGUCUGGAGGAAGCAAGGUUGGAGGAAAAGAAAAAGAAACUGUUGGUGAAGCCUACAAAGAUCAUCUGUCUCGUAAACAAAACCAGCGAGCAAUGAGUGAGAAUUUAGAGCUUCUGUCUUUAAAGAGACUGACCCUGACUAGCAGCCAAUCUCUGCCUAAGCCAGGCAGUCAUAGUUUGGCUAGAACUAGCACUACUCUUUUUAGCAAAUCCUUUGAGCAGGUCAGUGGUGGUGUAGUCCCAAAUAAUCACCACAGUGGCACAGAAGCAAACAGAUUUUCAGUCUGUAGUCUGCAAGAGGAGAAUCUGAUUUUUGGAGCCGACAGAAUAGAACUUCCUAUUUCAAGCAAACAGCCAAAUCAGCAACGACCACCUACCAUCAGCAUAACUUUGUCAGCAGACUAA